AUGAUAAAUAUCAAUAAAUAUUUACAAGCAAUUAAGAUCCGAAUAAUAAGAAAAGGAUCAAGAGAGAUAAAUUUUGACACGUUUCCAUUAGCAAUUCUCUGUUUGCUUUUGAUAUCAAGGUCUGUGCCUUCAGAUCCAAAGACUACAAAAGAGGUGGUAGAAAAGGCCAGUCCAGAGGCAGUGGAAGAAAGUUGUGAAGGAGUGGGAGAUGAGGAGUGCUUGAUGAGGAGGACUUUGAGUGCUCACAUUGACUAUAUUUACACCCAAGGAAAGAAGCCUUAGGGUUUCAUUAGGAUUUAUAUAUAUCUUGUAUUUUAGGGGGUGUUAAUUUAUUUGUUAUGAGUGAUUACAUAUAAUAUUAUCAUCUUAUAUUAUCACUAUAUAUAUGUUCAUUGAACAUGAAUGUGAUAUAGUUAUAUAUGUCUGAAAUACUUGCAAUU